CUCGCGAUCGCCAUCGCCCUGGAGAUUGGCGCGACUACCUGCAUGAAGUUAGCCGCGCUCGGCUCGGGCCGCUGGCUCGUCGGCGUCGGGCUCGGCUACACGCUCUGCUUCUCCAUCUUCCCGCUCGCCCUCAAACGCCUGCCCCUCUCUCUGGCCUAUGCAGUGUGGUCUGGCGUCGGCACCGCCGCCGCGGCCAUCAUCGGCAACGCCUGCUUCGGCGAGGUGCUUGGGCGCAGGCAGGUGGCCUCGAUCGGCCUCAUCGUGGCCGGAGUGGUGGGGCUCAACACG